GAUCAGAGGCGAUUCCGCGCUAUCGCGUAUUAUACCCGCAUUCGUAUCUUUACAUUUAGUACGAAAUGGGAUAUGCUUUGUUCGAAACAUAAAUAAUUUCACGCCAUUUUUCAAGCGGUUACGACAAUGAGAGAUAAAAGGGUGCCUCGUGGUUGACGCAUUACCAUCGUGAGUAGCUGUCAAGUGCAGAGAAACUGAGGGCGGCGAUGAAAAGGGGGCAGACGGAGGGGAAAAGACACGAGAGAUAGGGAAUUAUGGAGAUGAGUUCCUCACGAGGAGGAAAGAUAGAGAUAAGAAAGAAGCUUUGCGCUAACUGCAGCCCGUGAAGUGGAUAUGAGACGUUCACCAGGACGGGGAGAACUUUUAGCUUUUAACGGAGGCGACCUAUCUUCGGGUUCUUGGACUGGACUUUCGAUCUUGAAUUCUAGUUGUUACAAAGCCGGGAAUGACGGAGGAAUGGAAGUUGUGUAACAAUGCACCGUCACCUGUACUUGUUUCGUCACUUCGUAACGACUUUGAACAGGCUUGACGGUGGUGUUUGGCCGGUCGGUAUUACUUUCGCCACUCAAAUCCGCGCGAUAACUUGAAUUGAGAAUAUGAGAUUCCAGGAUUCCAAGAGAGAAACGCUUCCAUGGGAACGACCGAGAAUACUCGCCGGCUACGAAUAUCUCACAAUAUGCAGAUAUAUUUGUGAGACAGUUAUAGAUAGUUGUAUGUCAGAAUAGGUGAGAAAAAGUAUCAAUUAAUAUACUAAAGGAUUUAAUAACAUAAUCUCAGAAUUAAUGUUUUUCACAGCAAUAAACAAAAUUCUUUUGCAUUACGUAGUAUCUUUUUGUCAUCCAUCCUGCCAUACUACAGAGUGUGAGUGUCGAAGGGUUACUCGAAAUUAGUCAAGCAUUUAUCAUUGAAAUUAAUUAAUUUGAAAUCAAGUUAAAUCUGAACUCAGUUGAAGUUAUUUUAACAUCAAAUUGAAAUCACGUAGUUAAAUAUGAAAUCACUUAAAAUUAUUUGAAAUCAUCUAAAAUCGAAUCUAAAUCAUAUGAAAUCGUUCGAAAUUAUCUCAAAUUAAAAAAAAUCAAAAUCACUUUAAAAUCACGUUGAAAUCGCAUAAAAUCGCAAGAAAUCGGAGAUCAGUCAAACACUCUAUUCACGAGUGAGUAUGGAGCGCGAGGAGAAUAAUGGAUGGAAAGUUAGAGAAAAGUGCACGAGUGUUAAUGCGGAGAAGCCGCGGAAUUAUAGCAGCAAGCUCAGUAAAAUUACAUAUGAGGAUAGUUCAAACACAGUAAAAAUGAGACCGCAUGCAACGCGUGGCGAACGAGCACAAUUCAACGAAGCAAACGAUAUCAUAAUCGUCGAGAGGGGAAAUCAAUAAUGAAUGCAAGUACCAAAUGUUCUAAUCACUACUGAUUGUGAGUGUUCUAAACAGACCGCAUGAAUUGUGGGAGCAAUUUCGGGUUAAUAACAACCGGGAUAAAAGCACGUAUCAAAAUUGAUCAAUUUUAAUAAAUAAAAUCAAUAUGGCGCGAUGAAUCCAGAAGAUUAUGCAUUCGAGGUUGACUUAUGCAAAGUUAGUGCUUCUUGGAUGUUCCGAAUUCCGAAUACAUUCGAGAAAAAUAUUUUUAGAUGUUAAAUACCCAGCUGUUUUACAUGGAAUAUCAUAUAUUCUCAUUUAUGAAAAAAAGAUAUUUCUUUUAAAAAUUGUUUUAAUGUUUUUUUUGGUCUUUCCUGUGAAAAUUUAUGUAACCUGAAUUAUAUAGCAAAGAGCACCACGAUAUUACUGUGCAAUUUGUAUUGCUUAUAGCUGCGCAUUUAAUUAUGACUGAAGUUAACGAUGCAUUAAAAAAAAAAACAGAACAUGCAAUCUAUCUUGUCGUAUUUUAUAUCGGACAGACAUGACAAGCAUCAUAAGAGUUAAAUACGUUGAAUAUUUGUCAAAUGGCGAUGAAGCUGAACGUUCAGAAGCCACGUCUGUGGACAGGGAGGUGUUAGUGAACAUAAAUUGUCCGAUUAAGAUGAUACUUAAUUAUAUAAGAAAAGUUGGACGUGUGAAUGGCGAGUUUGAUUUGUGCGACGAAAUAAAUUGCCAACAGAAGAAUGUGUCUUUUUAUGAACCUUGUACACGUGGAACAGACAUUCUUCAAUCAGAUUUGACAUACUUUAUCGUUACCUUCGAACGGGAUGAAAACGGGCAGAUAAUGAACCUUACGCCGCUUCUAACCGGAAAGGCAGCCAAAAAAUAUUGCGACAUUCUAUCGAAAAUCCAAAGACCGGCGCGAAAAUCUUCCGUUAAAUCUGCGCUCAAGAAGCAUAAUAACGUACAAUAGUAAUGAAAAGUAUUGUAAAAGUAUCG